AUGAUCAAUAAACUAAAUGAUGGAGAUUUUGCGAAAUUCUAUGGCUUUUCGAUCCGUCAUCGAAAUGAUCCUUUUUUAUUUAUGCAACAAAUACGUAGAAAAGGAUGGGAUCAAAAAGACGAUAAUGAAACACUGGAAUGCUAUCGACAACUAUUGAAACAUGCAGAAUGGAUAUUGUUUGAAUUAAUUUACAAAAUCAAUCAAUUACGACUAAUAAUAACACCUUUAAAUAUGGAUUUAAUUGAUCAUAGAAUGAAGCUAUUGUAUCUGGAAUUUUUGUUAACAAUAUUGUUGACAAUAAUGCUGAAAAUGAGAGCACUUUCAAUGCAUAAAAUUCAAUUGCUAUUAGAGACUAAACAAAUAUAUUCAGAUUUGCUUAAAACUAUGAAAUUGCCUGAAAGAGAAUUUUUAUUGCAACUAGAUAAAUGUUGGUUAGAAGAUUAUAUGGCUAAAUAUGAUAAAUAUUUUGAUUCAAGGUCGGUUAUUCAAGGUUACUAUUCGAAACCCGAAGAAUUGAAAUUUCUAUCUGAAGAGUCCAACGCGUUGAUGUUCAAUUUUCGUUUACACAUUCUUCAAUCGAUGAAUACAGAAUUACAUCAUUUUUUUAAUAAGACAAAAAUUAAGCCGAAACCAAUUAAAGAAUCAAAUGUUAAACAACAUGAAGCACCUCGAUUACAAUUUAUUGAUUCAGUUUGUUCAACACCCAUAUUUUACUCUAAUGACGAUGAUAUUCAUUUUCAAGAUGAAGAUGGUUUAGCGUUGAAGAAGUCCGAACUUUUUGAUAAUGAUAUACAGCAAAUUACCUUGACUACGUCGCCAUUUUCUAAAUCGAUUCAUAAUUUAUUCAUAAAUAACAAAUCUUUUUGUGAUUGUGGUCGCCAUGAUUGUAAUGGAUGUUAUCCAACAUGUUUAACAUGUGGAGAAAAAAAAUGCUUCGCAAUUUGUCGAUCCAAUGUAUCUUUCAAUUAUUAUGAUGUAUUUUACCAAGCUCAAACUAUUGAUAAAUUUGACCCGUUGUAUUUAUCCAAUGAUUCUGAUAAUAAUGACAAUGGGAAUCAGCAACAGCAACAAGAAUGCACUACCGAUGAUGAUAAUAGUGCUGAAACGCCACUAGAACAAUUAUCACGAUCAAACAGUAUUGAUGAUGAACUUACUAUUCUUUCACCUGUACCAUAUGGGCCACAAAACAUUGACAAUUCUCCAUCAGAAUUUUUUAGUCAAACUUCCAUAAACAUUCUAUCUGGUGAUGAAAUUAAAUGUUUGAAUUUAUAA